AUGGCGUGGGAACACCUCUCGAUAACUAAGCCGCACUUGGUGUACAUCAUCCUCGGCGGCUUCACCUCCCUGUUUAUGCUGUGCUCGUCCGUCAUCAAGGAGCGCAUGUAUAUUGGUGAAGCUACCGUGGCCACCCUAUGCGGCGUCAUCUUCGGUCCCCAUGCCGCUGACCUCAUUAACCCGUUAUCAUGGGGUAGCGUCGAUAUUGUCACCAUCGAGUUCUCGCGCAUCGUCCUCGUCGUGCAGUGCUUUGCCGUCGGUGUCGAGUUGCCUAAGUUCUACAUGGAAAAGCACUGGAGAUCGGUCUUCUUCCUUCUGGUCCCUGUCAUGACGUUUGGUUGGCUAAUCACCAGCCUUUUUAUCUGGUGGCUGAUCGAGCCCCUGAGCUGGCUCGAGAGCCUGGUGGUCGCUGCUUGUGUCACCGCCACCGACCCAGUCCUUGCCUCGUCUGUCGUCGGUAAGGGUAAGUUUGCGAAGAGGGUGCCAAAGCAUCUACGAGACUUGCUAUCUGCGGAAUCUGGCUGCAACGACGGUAUGGCUUUCCCCUUCAUCUACCUCUCGCUCUACCUCAUCCAGGACCACCAAAAGGCCGACAAGGUCUCUUUCCAUUGGAUCGUGUAUACCAUUCUGUACGAGUGCGUGUUCGGGGCCGUGUUUGGCUUUCUCGUCGGAUACUUUGCUCGCCACGGCAUCAAGUUCGCCGAGAAACGCGAGCUGAUAGACCGGGAGAGCUUCCUCGUCUUUUAUUUCGUCUUGGCCUUAUUUUGCGCCGGCGCUGGCAGUAUCCUUGGCGUCGACGAUCUGCUUGUGGGAUUCGCUUGCGGUGUCGGCUUCUCCAACGACGGCUGGUUCACCAACAAGACUGAGGAGUCGCACGUCUCCAACGUCAUCGAUCUACUGCUCAAUUUGACGUAUUUUGUAUACUUCGGCACCAUCAUCCCGUGGGAGCAAUUCAAUGAUGCCGCAUUCGGACUUAGCGCCUGGAGAUUGGCCGUCCUGGCCAUUUUCGUCAUCUUCUUUCGACGAAUUCCUAUCAUGAUGGCACUGAAGCCCAUAAUUCCUGACAUAAAAACGUGGCGCGAAGCCCUUUUUGCCGGCCAUUUUGGGCCCAUUGGAGUGGGCGCCAUCUUCGUGGCCAUUCUGGCCCGAGCUGAGCUGGAGCAUGAAAGUGCUGUGCCCCUCUCCGAACUGCCCUCGCCCGACUCGGAGCACUUCACGCUGCUAUCUCUUGUCUGGCCGAUUACAACGUUUCUAGUUGUUGCGUCUAUCAUUGUACACGGCUCUUCGAUAGCCGUGUUUACCCUGGGCAAGCGGAUCAAUACCCUCACAAUUACCAUGUCCUACACCCAGGCCGGCGAAGAGGGGCCUACUUGGAUGAACCGCCUCCCCCGCAUUUCGUCCCAGUCUCGAUCGCAAGCAAGAACGACGGACACCGAGGGCGAGGAGCUGAAACUCCCGGAAAUGCCCCCCGGAACUCUUCCGCCGAUUGGCAUACCAGGUCACUUCCUGCGUCGUGUUCAGGAGGAUGAUAACAGCACCACCAAGCAGGGGAGCAGGGCGUCCUCUUUGUCCGGCAGGCGGCGAAGGAAGAAGUGGGAUGACGGAAUCGGGCCGGGAGGCCCCAUUACGCAGUCCGCGAUAUUUCCACAACGCCGUAGCCAAAGCGAGCAGGUGGGUCCGACGUCGCAAGGGGACGUUGCCGGUCAGCCUCAAUACGAAGGACAAGAUCCCGCCAUGUUGUCACCGACAGAUGCCGCGAGAGCGAGCCGACUAACAGACCAACGGCACUCGACUGAAAUACCUCCCCGACAAGAAGCCUCUCCUGAGGGUGCCGCCAGUCCCCAAGAUGCCGGCGGGGAGAUGCAAGUUUACGAAGAAGGUAAUAACAUCAUUAUCGAAAAUCAAGACGGUGACGUGCUGGCAGUUGAGCGGUCCGGUGGCGGCGGCGACCAUAUGCCCCAUCCCGAAAAGCUCAAGUCUAAACUUCAAGAGGGAGCUGAAAACCUUCCAUCUGGUUGGAGCUACGAAGCUAUUAAGAAGAAGUUCAUAAACUGGCGCGAGGAGGAGGUGGAGAAGAGAAAGGAAAAAGAAAAGAUGAGCAGAAGCAGUGAGCCCGCCAGAGCAUACAAAUUUGGCACAACCAUCAUUGUGGAAAACGAAGACGGCGAGGUUAUCAAGAAAUACGAGUUGCCCACUCCUCAGAGGGGAGAGGGAGACUUCGUCAGCCAGGGCCUCAAAUACAUGGGAAUGGGUGGCCUGGUCAAGGGCGGAGACAAGCAAGGCGCGGUUGGAAGUCCUGCAGAUGACGGUGGAAAGGCUGGGCCAUCAAAAACAAGUGUGCCCGGAUGGGCCUCAGGUGCGUUUGGACGGUCGCCGGCUGGGGAGUCUUCGACUCCAAAAGGAACACCGAAAGGACGGAAGAAGAGCGUCGUGGAGGAGGAGGAAGAAGAAGACGAUCGUCACAUCCGGUUCACUAUCGGCGGUGUUGGUCAACGGAUGACCAAAGAGGACUUCAUCCAAAAGAUGCAGAAACUGGACACGAGCACCCGGUGGGAAAUCGUCGACCAGUCCAACGCGUCGCACACUAUCAAGACGCUCGCGAAGCAGGACCCGGUGCCGAGUCAACCAAGACCAUCCCCGGCCCAGGGCUCUCAUCGUGGUAAAGAAACCGCCUCUCCGAGCGGCAGCGAUGCACAGCGGGGACGCAAAAUGGGAGACACGCCGCGACAAGACAGUGCAACAACGUCGAGAUCUCCAUCACGGUCAUUGUCUAGGUCGCCGUCGCCGGUAGCGAUGGGGACAACGUCGUCGGAUGCGCCAAGCCGAGAUGCGCCUGAGACAGCGGUAGAGCGGAGACGUAGGCUGGCGGUGCUGAAGGGAGUGGGCGAGCCUGGAGACGUGCAGGGCGAGACAGCUGCGGAAAGACGCCGUAGAGAGGCAGCGCUCGGCGUGUCUUCCUCGGCGGUGGCGGGCGAGGACAGUGACAGCGACGAUGAUGAUACCCCUAGAGUCCCGCCGCCCAAGCGAGGAAUCCGGUUCGCUGAUGCGCCAGCAAAGGGGAGGGAGUGA